CUUUCAAGACGAUAAGGCCUGUCAUACAAAGUCUGUGUUUCCCGCCUACCGUGGCAAACAUUCAGAAAGGUCUGUUUAUCCAAGAACUGUUCAUCCGGCCUGGUGGAAUGCUCAAGGCUGGGGGCAAGUAUCACAUUGAUUGAAAUUCCCGAGCGAAGCACACACAUAAAUUCCUUCUGUGCCGCUACUUCUCACUGGAGCCCGUGAACAUGCUGCCAGGUCUGAAGGUCCUUCUGUUCCUCACCCUGCAUCUCCUGCAGGCCGUCAAAGGCUCCAUGGUCCAUCUCAACAACAAUGGAUACGAGGGUGUGGUCAUUGCAAUUAACCCCAGUGUGCCAGAGGAUGAAAGGCUUAUCCCAAGCAUAAAGGAAAUGGUAACUCAAGCCUCCACCUACCUGUUUGAAGCCACCAAAAGAAGAUUUUAUUUCAGGAACAUAAGCAUACUAGUCCCGAUGACCUGGAAGUCAAAAUCUGAGUACUUACUACCAAAACGAGAAUCGUUUGACAAAGCAGACGUCAUAGUUGCUGAUCCUUAUGCGACAUCCACAGACUUUCCCUACACCCUUCAAUACGGACAGUGUGGGCAAAGAGGAAAGUACAUACAUUUCACUCCAAACUUCCUACUCACUGAUAACUUGAACAUCUUCGGACCUCGAGGCAGAGUCUUUGUCCAUGAGUGGGCCCAUCUCCGGUGGGGAGUAUUUGAUGAGUAUAACAACCACCAGCCUUUCUACAUGUCUGGAAAGAACUCUCUGGAAGCAACAAGGUGUUCCACCGACAUCACUGGCACCAAUGAGGUCAAAGAGUGUCAGAGUGACAGGUGUGUCACAAGGGCGUGCGGGCGUGACUCGAAGACAGGGCUGUAUGAACCCAAAUGUGGAUUUAUCCCAGACAAACUUCAGACUGCCAGGGCCUCCAUCAUGUUCAUGCAAAAUCUCAAUUCUGUGGUUGAAUUUUGCACAGAAAAAAACCACAACACAGAAGCCCCAAACCUACAAAACAAAAUGUGCGGUCGCAGAAGCACGUGGGACAUAAUCAAGGAGUCUGCUGACUUUCAGAAUGCCCCGCCCAGGACAGGAACGGAAGCCCCUCCUCCACCUACAUUUUCAUUGCUGCAGUCCAGAUGGCAAGUGGUCUGCUUGGUGCUGGAUAAAUCCAGAAGCAUGGACUCAGUAAGACACUAUAUGCUGGAUGUCUUAUUACAGUUGGAAAGCAAAGCCUUCAAUAUUGGAGCAGGGACAUGGAUAAAUGGUACAGUACCUGUGGACAGUACUGUUGGCAAUGACACAUUCUUUGUUAUUACCUGGACAGUACAAAAGCCAGAAAUUAUUCUUCGAGAUCCAAAAAGAAAAAAAUAUACAACCUCAGACUUCCAAGACAAUAAACUGAAAAUCCGGUCUGCCCGGCUUCAAAUACCAGGCACAGCAGAGACAGGUACUUGGACUUACAGCCUCUUCAAUAAGGGUGUCAAGUCUCAGUUACUCACAGUGACAGUCACCACUCGAGCAAGAAGUCCCACCGUGCCCCCAGUCAUCGCCACCGCUCACAUGAGUCAGAGCACAGCCCAGUACCCUAGCCCGAUGAUUGUGUACGCACGGGUCAGCCAAGGGUUUUUGCCUGUUCUGGGAGCCAGUGUCUCAGCCAUCAUAGAACCUGAAAAUGGAAAUCAAGUCACCCUGGAGCUCUGGGACAAUGGGGCAGGUGCUGAUACUGUUAAAAAUGAUGGCAUCUACACAAGAUAUUUUACAGAUUACCACGGAAAUGGUAGAUACAGCUUAAAGGUCCAUGUUCAGGCAAGAAAAAACAAAGCCAGACUAAGCUUAAGACAAAAUAACAAGGCUUUAUAUAUACCCGGCUACGUCGAAAACGGUAAAAUUGUACUGAACCCACCCAGACCUGAAGUCCCAGAGGAAGCAGCAGAGGCUGCAGUGAAAGAAGACUUCAGCAGACUCACCUCUGGAGAGUCGUUCACUGUGUCUGGAGCGCCCCCUGGUGGCGAACAUGCCCACGUGUUCCCACCCAGUAAAGUCACAGACCUGGAGGCAGAGUUUACAGAAGACCAUCUCCACCUUACAUGGACGGCCCCUGGCAGGGUCCUCGAUAAAGGAAGAGGUGAGUCUCAUGGAGAAAUUUAAAGUUUCUAAAUGAAA